CUGAUACUGAUUGGUUGGGCGUGUGCAAGUGUGUGUGUGUGUGUAUCACAUGUGGACGAGAGGUAGUGAUUGCCACGUCCUCAAAUUGCCCAUAGUGAUCAGCGGCGUUCAGACAUCCUGUAGGCAGCAGCAAGUAUUGUGGUAUGUGAACCGCACCUUUGCUGAGACGUCCUGUUUGAGGUGCGGGAUGAACACAACAUGAGACUGUUGUCAUGUUCUUGGAGAUGUGAUGGGGGCGUACAGGCCGUAGUGCCACCGCCUCUAGUGCCACAAAGGUGCUAGCAGCAAACAGGUCAACCAGUCAGAUUGUGAGCUGACAUAUACUCAGAAUGAGGCUGCGGCGCAAUCUAAUUUGGUGGCUCAAGUUGGGCAUAGGGGUGUUUAUGUUCCUGGCAGGGAUCUACAUCAUAACACGCCACACCCAACCUGAUGGCCAUCCCACCAAGCACAGUGAAGAAAGAGCAUUGCCCUUACAAGAACACAUACCUGCUGCUCAUCUGGAUGAUAACAAAAACAGCAUCCUUGAAAAACAGAUUGCAGACAUCAGUUUGAAAACCAAUGUGCCUAUGCAUGACCAAGAGGGUAGCAAGGACUGGAAUGACUAUGCACUAAUAGCAGCAGAGGCAAGACAGACAGGGCCUGGAGAGCAAGGACAAGCCUAUAUUCUCCCAUCCAACCUAGCAGCUGAAAGGGAUCAACUGUACAGGGUCAAUGGAUUCAAUGCUCGUGCUUCAGAUGACAUUGCUCUGAAUCGUUCCCUGCAAGAUCUGCGUCAUCCAAAAUGCCGGGAUAAAAAGUACUUGGCCAAGCUGCCUCGAGCCUCUGUGAUUGUACCUUUUCACAAUGAGCACUGGUCCACACUCCUACGUACUGCUGUUUCUGCCAUCAACCGUGCUCCUGAAAGCCUGUUGCUAGAGGUGAUCCUGGUAGAUGAUGCCAGCACGAAAGGGUUCCUGAAGACUAAACUUGAUGAUUAUGUGCGUGCCAACCUCCCUAAGGUGCGGGUACUGCGCCUGGCCCAGCGUUCAGGGCUGAUUCGUGCACGUUUGGCAGGUGCAAGAGCAGCACAGGGUGAAGUGCUCAUUUUCCUUGAUUCACACACAGAGUGCACCACCAACUGGCUUCCACCACUGCUGGAGCCCAUAACCAAGGACUACCGUACAUGUGUCUGCCCCUUCAUUGAUGUUAUUGAUUAUGAGACGUUUGCAUAUCGGGCACAGGACGAGGGGGCACGAGGAGCAUUUGAUUGGGAGCUCUUCUACAAGCGUCUGCCUCUGUUACCAGAGGAUAUGGAGAACAUGCCUGAACCCUUUAGGAGUCCCGUGAUGGCUGGAGGACUAUUUGCCAUCAGUAGCAAGUUUUUCUGGGAGUUAGGCGGCUAUGAUCCUGGGCUGGACAUCUGGGGUGGAGAGCAAUAUGAGCUGUCCUUCAAGAUAUGGCAGUGUGGUGGUACCUUGGUGGACUCGCCUUGCUCCCGCAUCGGACACAUCUAUCGCAAGUUUGCUCCCUUCCCUAACCCGGGUGUGGGAAACUUUGUGGGCAGGAAUUACCGUCGUGUGGCUGAGGUGUGGAUGGAUGAGUAUGCUGAGUACCUGUACAAACGCCGACCAUCCUAUCGUAGCAUUGAUCCUGGGGACCUGACUCAGCAGAGGGCCAUCCGCGAGCAGUUAAAGUGCCGGUCCUUUAGCUGGUUCAUGAAGGAAGUGGCCUUUGACCUCACCAAGGUGUAUCCCCCCAUUGAGCCUCCAGACUAUGCUGCUGGCAAGGUUCAAAGCGUGGGCAAUCCUGGACUGUGUGUGGACACUGGCUACAAGCACCAUGGGGAACGCUUUGGCUUGAAGGAAUGUGGUUGGGGAGGAGAGCAGGAGAUGCAUCUCACCUGGCACCAGGACAUUAGGCCAGGACGGCGCUCAAUCUGCUGGGAUGUGUCAAGUGGUGACCCUCAAGCUCCAAUACUACUAUAUAACUGUCAUGGCAUGGGUGGUAACCAGCUAUGGAAAUAUGAUCAAACACAACAAUGGCUGGUGCAUGGUGGGAAUCCAAGGUGUCUCGACACCAACACAGACAACAAAGAGUUGUUUGUAUCUGCCUGUGAUCCAACCAAGAACACUCAGCGAUGGAAAUUUGACAAGUUUGAUCACAAACACUUGAAAGAGUUAAAGAAAAAUUAACUGCACAUUUAAUGCAAUGAAUGUUAGAAGAAUAUUUUAGUAAUUGCUUUUCAAUAUUGAGACAAGAGUUGUCUUGACAUUGACAUUUGAUAGUAUGAUCGUUGUAGGAUGUGUUAUUGUAAUUACUUUCAAGUUCUGAGAUGAGUGGCCUCAACAGUUUGAUGGUAUGAAUGUUGUAGGUGAUAAUUUCAUAAUUGUUGUUUUUAAUGGCUAAUAUUGUGUGGAAUACAUACAUUAUCUUUUAUCUGGAAUUCUAAAAAUCAGAACACUCCAAAAUCCAGAAGUCAGUCUUGGCAACAAUUUUUUAUUUUUUUUUUUACCAUACACUUUAUCAAUCUGCACAUUUUCCUCUUUGUUUUUUAACAUUUGCUUUGCUGCUGCUAUUGUACCUAUUUUUAAAACAGUUAUUUGCCACUCUGUGUGACACUGUGCUGCCCACUCCACCACCUACCACCACGCCACAGCCAGUCCUACCAGAGUUGCCAAAUCCACAGUUUACUCACCCAGUUAGGCUGUUACUGGUGAGAAUUGCCAGGGGAAAAACAAUAGUCAUAGGUUGAUAGUUUUUUUGGGUCUUGUUAAAUACAAAGUUGCAGCAUAUUGGAUGAUUAGCUUCAAAUUUUGAAAACAUUUGAUACAUUAGCACUCAGUUGUGAUAAUGGUGAAGAAGGAUUGUCACAUACACUAGGCUGUGUGUAUGCACGUGUGAGGGGCAGUGCUUGGCUGAUACCUACAUGCAUCAUGAUUAUCCACUAGCAAUUCUAAUUUAUUGUCCUGUUAUUUAGUAAAUGUGUUUGUUAUUAUAAUAUUAUAUUCCUUUAUUUGCGGUACAUAGGAAUAAGUACUGGUAUAGGUGCUAUGCCACCCCAGUGUUAGAGAAUAACCACAUUUUUGUGUGUAGGGCAAUGUUCGUAAGGAUAAAUUAUGUAUGAGAUUUGUGGUAGCUUUUAAAUUACAAUACAGAAAGCUAAUGGUGAAGCAAGUACAAAUAAUGAAUACCAUAUAUACUUAUGCAAAUUGCCAAGAGGAAAAUAUGUAAGGCAGCUAUAAAUACUGUGUACAGAGGAAGAUAUGUUCCAAAGUUUAGAAAAUUCUGGAAUUCGGAAAGUGGUAGGUCCCAAGAGCUCUAGAUAAAAGGUUGUGUAUCUGUACGUGGUUGCAAGUCUUGAACGUGUUGAUCAGUUAUAAUUUGAAACUUCUCUUUGGUUGUUCAGUGGAAGUGCACGUGACACAUUAAAAUGAUUCCAUUCACAGGAAGUAGCAGGAGUCUCCUUCCUCUGUAACCUGGUUUUAUACAAUGUUAUCAUAGUUAUCAGAAGGUUUUGCUUCAUGGCAACCCCCUGGCAGCUAUGCAUUAUAGAGGCAUUCUCUGUUGCUGAUUAUAGUGUAUUCCACUGUGUGUGUGUGUGUGUGUGAAUGUGUGUGGGUGCAUUCUUUGAACAAUUUUACUUUGAUAUUAUAAUAUAUUGCCACAUAUAAUUUAAGUAUCUUCACCAGUGCUGGAAACAAUUUACCAUUGUUCUUGACUAAA